AUGUGCCAGGUACCCGGCGCAGGUACCCAGGUACCCGCCCUGGCAGGUGCGGGUGUCAAAAAUAUUGGAUUUUUGAGGCAGGUACCCGGGUAUCAAGCGACAUCUCUAAACCGCGGCAUCAUCAGGGACGAUGAGUGGCUGCUGUUCCUGAAGAAGGUCAUGCUUAGAGCUGGUCUCUGGAUAUCCGCUAUCCGCUGGCGGAUACCCGCCAGAGCCAACGGAUACCCGCCAGCGGAUGCAGGUUCGGAUGUGAAUGGCCCCUUUUCCGCAAAACCCGGGCGGGUAUCCGGGUAUCCCAAGGGAUACCCGAGGCCAGAAGGGCAGAUGGUCGGCUGGAAGGGUUUCCUUCCAGCCGGCAAGGUACAUGUACCUUGA